AUGCUGAUCGGUCAAGAUCGGGCGGGAAAGACAAGCCUAAAAAAGUCGUUCUUAGGUCUACCAUUUAACCCUGAGGAAGACAGCACUGAUGGAAUUGAAGUUGACCCAUCAAAAUUCGAAGUCGACAUCGAUCAAGUAAAGAACUGGAAACUCACCGAUAAAAAGCUAAGUGUGUCUCAAUUUGCCCUUGAUCUUGCAAAAAUGGUGGCUAAAGAAAUACAGGAACGAGAUAAAGACAAAGAAGUUUCACAAGAAGGUGAUGAAGAGGACAGUGACGACGACUACGAGAAAGGAAGAGAAAAACAAAGAGAAAAAAAAUCAAAGCAGGAUUAUCCUGAUGAAGAUACAAACAAACAGACAAAAAUGGGUCAGGUUGGUAAAAGAAAAACAACCCUAAAUUAAAAUACAAACAAAUGAAACCAGGAAGACAAAAAAAGCAAAGAGCAACAACAAAAAGAAAAUCCUCAUACCUUCACAGACUACAUGUCUGAUAAAAAAUUCACUGGUCUACGUAGCUGGCGAGUGUUCUAGUUUUUUGGCGAGAAGGUUGGGAUUUCCCUCGAGGCUUCUCCCACGAGCUUCUACGAGGCAGCAAGAAAGUACCCCGGGAAUAAGAAUCCCGCCAGCUACACGGACUGAAAAAUUCACUAGCUUGGUUAUUUUCAUCCAAUUGCAAAUAACCUGCUGUGGACCAGAAUAGCAAUCAUCAGACACUAUUACUGGAUUGUUUAUAUAUGUUGUGGUUCAAUUUUAUAAUCUUGGUUUUAAUUUUAUUUCCCUUUGUUUUAAAAUCAUUAUCAUACAUUACCAUACCCAAAGACAAAGGGAAAUAAUAUUUAAACCAAGGAUAAAAUAGGCCUCUUCCGAGUUCCAGAAACCCCCACUUUCAAAAUGAGGCCAAGUACACAACCUUUUAAAACGCAUUUCCUCAGUGAGGAAAUGAGUUUUAUUUGCAUGCGAAUGGAAAAUCAUUUCCAUAUCAAAGGCUGAGCACUUUUAAAACCUCUCUUUGAUACCGAGGCCUGGGGGAACUUGGAAAUGACCUAUUGAACCACAACAUAUACAUGUAUGUGAAAAAAGCAAUUUGUCAGUAAUCUGUUUAGUUUAUGGUGAUUCUAUGUUGUCAACCUGAAUUGACUUAUGUAUUUAUUUUUAUCAAAACUUGUAGUCUGGUCUUAACUCUCUUGGAGAACCUCGAUUGUCAAAACCGGCAGUGGUUAACUCUCAAAUGAAUCAGGUAAAUAUAGCAACGUUUCUCUGGUUGUAGCCUUAAAUACUCUAAACCUUAAUUCAUUAUGACCUUCUCUCAAAAGAAUUCAAGAAAGUGAAGUUUUUACACACACCAGCCCAGGUUUCAAUUUUAAAUUUGGCUAGGCUUUAUCAGAAGAUAACGGAAAAAAGGAUUACUAUAGUAUGUCGAUAGCUAACUGGAAUGUAAAAGAAAAAGAAAAAUUUAGCGUUGUUGCAGAUCCAGUUUUCUGUUUUUCUUUCUUUUUUCUUUUUUUUGUGAUAUUUUUCGAAAAGCGAUUUUCAGUAGGACCGUCUCUCUACUCUUCUGACUCUAAGGUUUGAUCAUUGCAGAUUAGGCGUUAUGGUACCAAGGUCCUCACUGUCCCAUUACAGUAAGGCGAAAGGACAGUGGGAGUUGUAAGGAUUGUGAGCCGUCUGUUAAAAACCUAUUUCCUGAAAACCUUCUUUAUCCUUGGAGUAAAAGAAGGGUAAAAACCAAGUUGUCUGUAACAGAAUGUGGCUUUUCUUUAAAGCAAAAACUUAAUGAACCUACGUAUAGUGUACGUUAAAGAUUUUGGUGAAUAGUGUUAUUUUUUCUGGCUAACUCCAAGCACAUGAAUUUCAUUCGGUUAUAGUCUGCCGUGCAAUAAACGUCGUUUUUUUGCAAGUACAAAUAUGUACUCGGGUGUAUUUACAAAGCGAGUACCUUAAAAGCAACUCGCUAACUUCUUAACUAACACUUGACUUUAAAUUUUGACGUGUUAUUAUGGAAAGUUUGGUAAAAAUAGUAUAAGUAUAAAAAGGAGCUAACCUUUUUCAAAUUAAGAGUGGAUCUUGUGCUUAUCUAUUAGCAUUACAGGUCAGUGCUCCACCCCUAGUGGCUAUUUUUUGCUUAUUCAGAACUUUAUAUUCCCUGUUUAUUUACUGUAAUGAGUAGUAUAUUGAAUUACAGAGUGUAACCCUCACAUAGUUUUAACUCUUCGUCCAUCAGUCUUACCUUGCCAAGGGUACCUCGCGCUUUGCACAUUUCCAGUUGUCCAUCUGGCGCGAUCUCUCGAAGCGUGGCUUGAAAUUAUAUACAUGCUUAAAAACCGGAAAGGCUGCUUUUAUCAGGGAAAGAUUCACUUGGGAACACAGUUGCAGUACAGUUGGUUAUAACAGAUAUUGAUGUUGAAAUAUCUCGUGUAGAAUAUCGGCCCUUUGUUCUAAGAGACAAACUGAAUGAAAACAUCGCCGCUUGCAAAAUUCCCCUAUGUACAUAUUUUGUCCUAAUUGCCCUAAAGAUACAUGUUAACCAUUUUAAACACUUUAGGACACAUCCAGGAAUGCCAGUAAAGAGACAAAAACAGAAGCCCCAGACGUUGAAUUAAACAUCGACGCUACUUCGCCCCCAGAAGAAUUUACGGAUUGUCUUGAUCAACUUUUGAAAGGUCUAAACCUUCAGACUGAUGUAACAACAGUUGAACAUCACAUGAUCCUUGAUCUGUGGGACUUUGCUGGUCAACAGCUGUACUAUGCGUCUUACCCAGUUUUUUUAUCGCCACGAGCAGUUUACAUGUUGGUUUACGAUCUCAGCAAAGGAUUAAACGACCCAGCUCAACCUUAUUUUAAACAGGGAAAUCGGAAAAUUCGUCUCCCUAACCCAAAUAAGGAAACGAAUAUGGAAAAUUUGUUGUCUUGGCUGGUUUCAGUCAGCAGCGUUUGUUCAUCAGAAUCAGAAAAGGCUGUGAAAGAUCAGCCUCACUGUCGCCCUCCUGUGUUCAUUGUAGGAACACAUGCGGAUAAACAACAUCAGAAAGACAUCGACAAGAUCGAGUUGCAGAUUAAAAGGGAAAUAUUUGAAAACAGUGAAAAUGUAAUCCGCCCCAUCUUCUCUGUUGACAAUACUCAAGGAUCAUCUGAUAGGGGAGUUAGUGCACUUCAGAAACGCAUGAUUGAAGUUUUGAAACAAGAACCAUACAUGGGAGAGGAGACACCGAUUCGGUGAGUUUGCAGUCCCUAGGGUUGUUGUUAUUUUAUGAUCUCCAAGAUAAUGAUAAUACCUAUCAUAUACUGGUACAACUGGAACCUGUGAAGUUCUUUUAAAAGUACAUUAUGUAAACUAAAACGAAGUUACCGUAAAUGUCUGUUAUACGAGGUAGUUAAUAGUAGAAGACUCGUCUUUUUUAUGUUGUAGGAAGGGCAGGUGGGAUUUGAUGCGUAUUUCCUGAAAUAUUAUAACGACUCCCUCGUCGUUUACACCACUACACUUCAUCAGAAGUUUUUUUUUUUACUUCGUCCAUUGUAGUCCUUAUUAUUUGGGACGAGCCUUCCCCUCCGCCUCUUCCACGUAACGAACAAAGAUGAUAAAUAAUGAUGAAUAAAUCCAAAAUUAAUGUGUAGUCAAUUUUAUCAAACAUAGUACCAGUCAGCCUAGAAUCAGUCUGUACAGAGUAUUAAAUGUAAUUUUCUUGUAGGAACACCAAAUGAUAUCCUUCCUGGAAAAUUUUAAAAUUCGAGUGUUUCUUAUAUAACGCAGUUUGAUGCUUUCUGAAGUGCGGCAUACAUAUCUGCACUGAAUGCCUCAUAAAAAGAAAAUCCUGUGGUGCCUCGAUGUUGUACUUUUGCGUGUCAGUGAUUUGUAAAACACAAGGAAGCGUGAAACAAAUAAUAAUAAUAAUAAUAAUAAUAAUAAUAAACCUUCUGUGAAAUGUCCAUGAAGCACAACCGAUGUAGCCGAGAUUCAUGUGGAGUACGGUCAAUGUGCAGGUGCUUCAUUUGAUAGGGCCUAUCAAAUUCGUCUUAACUUAAGGAGAACGCACUUGCCGAAAUCUUUUUUCAAAUAAAAAGAUGAAUACCUUAACUUGUUUCGUUGUUGAUUUAUUAAAAAAUGAGUUUAAAAAGUAUACGUAAUUUUAAUGGCUUAUCAAAAUAGCUAUCCCGCCUUCCAUUUACCUUAUCAUGCCUUAUAAAGUUUAAAAACCACUUUCCUUUUCAGAUGGUUCAACUUCGAGAAGGUUGUCAAAACUUUGGUUGCCAAGAAAGUGUACCAUUUAAACAUGGAACAACUUCAGACCAUUAUCCAGAAACAUUGCUUCAUUGAAAACAAGGAUGAGGUUGCCACUAUGUUAAAUUUCUAUCAUGACCUCGGCGUGAUUGUCAAACACGGUAACACAGUUAUACUUCAGGCUGAAUGGCUUAUUAAACUGUUCAAACAACUCAUAACUGUUCGCUGUUUUGAUGACAUGGUAAGAAGAAAACAUCAGUUGCAUUUCCACACCCUCAAACAACAGUGUGGCUUUGACUUAGAAUACGAUCUGGCUAGUCCUAGUGUGUGUUGGAGUUGCUUCUUCUGUUAUGUUAGUGCUGGACUGACUUGUUCAAUUUAUUCUUCUAUCAGUGGCCCUACCUGGCUUGUUGGUGCCAUGGUCCUAAACACAAAGCUCACUAAAAACUCUGAAUCUUACAGUUCAACUUAGAUUAAGCGGACACCCUCUACUAAGUAGGCAAAGUCUUUUACAACACUUUUUUCUCAUUUUGUUUUGUUUGAGUAUUCCAAACGUUUCCACCAUUCAUUUGAAGGGUAUUUCACUCCUAACAUGACAUUGUCUAUCGAAACCUGUAUGAAGCGGACACUAUAGCAUUCCCCGCGAGUGUCACUGUAUCUUCACUGUAUCUUGUUGCCAGAAAACGUUUUCUUCUCUAGCGUAUCCUCCCUUGGUAUCGUCACUGCUUCACGUGUUUGUUUUAUUUUUCUUUGUCAUUGUUUUCCAGGAACCAAGGUGUUGUAGAUGGUGGAAAGAAAUGGAGAAAACAGGUGUUCUCAACAUGGAGCUUGUUGAACACGUGUUUUCCGAGUUUUGUCAGCAAGAAGUAGUCAAGGAGGAUAUCCUUGAAAUGAUGAUGAAGUUUGGAUUGAUCGUGCAAUUCGCCCUGUCACCAACAGAAAAAAAAUAUUUUGUACCAUGCCAACUAAGGUCACCUCCUGACAUCCUCUGCAUAAAGAAACUAUCGCCUGGAGAUCCAUGUCCACUGUACCUUGACUUUCAGCGAAUGGGCUACGUGCCUCAUGGUCUUUAUUUACAGCUUGUGUCACGAUGCACCGAAUGGUGCUCUACGAGGGGAUUCGAGAAACCCCCUAAAUUGUACGAUGGGGCAUCUCUGUUUUUCAUUGGGAAGGGGCUCACUCACCACAUGAUGCUUGUGUGCAAGAAAAGAUUCAUCAAGAUCGUUUUGAAGCAAAUAAAACAAAGCGAUGGAUCUUCAUGUGAGCCGGUAUCAGCAAAAGAAACACCGAUUCUGGUACGAACAUCUUUGAAUGAGAUGAUGCAGAAUCUGCUAGAGACACUUCCCUGGUUUAAAAAUGUGGGUUACGAACUGUGUGUUAAGUGUCCUUACUGCCUGAAAGUGCAAAAACCAUGUGAUAAUCAUGGCGAAUUCCCUUGUGACAAGGAGCGCUGUUUGUGUCUUCUGACCGUUGCGCCAGAUGGAUCAUGCGAGUACUGUACAGAGAGCCAUUUGGAUGAAAUUCUUCCGCUUCCUGAGCUCAAAAGGUGGUACUCGAGCAGCAGAGAGGAUUCCUCAAUCAAAGGUGGGGCGGAUAUGAUAAAAAAAUGAUUUCCUAAAAUUUGUAAGUCUUAAUUAUUUGAAUUUGUGUUUUGUUAUUACUCAGUAUCAUGGCCGCAGUUUAUCAACAGAGGUAGAUUCCACUAUUUCGCCUAAUAUUGCAAUCAUACAAUUAUAGUAGGAAUGGACACUCGAUCCUAUCAAGCCAUUGCGUAUGUCCAUUUAGAUUGCACCCAGUUUCCACUUAAAGUCUUGGCCUUUUCGUACUGCUACGCCUCAGUGUCAAAAACUGUCUCUUUCAAGUUUGGGUUGGACUACAACCGCCUUGUACCGCUUCUUAUCGAUAGUUUUCGUCCACAGCAGCUGGAGGUGAUCAGAGGUAGCAGAAUUUACUUUGCAAAAAACCCCGUCAAUCAAAGUAGUCGCAACAUCUCACAACAUGUGUUGACGUGACCUUGUUGUGAGCCGAAAUUCAUUACAUCUAUUGUAUUUACGUUGCAGAAACGUUCAUGGCACGACAAGGAAACUGGGACGAGUUACAGUCAAAACAGGUCAAGCGUAGCCCCCAAGAUUCUAUUAAUGAAUUGAUUAUUUGAAAAAUGAGUCCGUUAGUCGUUCCCGUAACUGGUGUCAAAUUCAAUUCGGAAUUACUGCAUGCCUAAUGAGCAGUGAAUAAUUUACGAGAACUUGUCUGUAUUUGGUCAGAUUGAAAAUCUUUGAAUGAAUUAAAAUUCUUAGAAGACAUUUACAUCAAAUUCAGGAAAACUGAGGUGGUAGAAAUUUCGUAACUGAAUCGCGUGUGAAUUCACGGCUCAUUACGCUUGUUAGAAUGUAGAGAUGAAUCUGAAAUCUACAACUGCCAACGGGCUCAACUUUCGAAUAAUAAAUUCAUUAAUGGAAUUUUGGGGGGUACGCUUGACCUGGCUUGACUGUAACUUUCGCAAAGACUUCUGAGACUGUAACUGGGGACAGGGGAACAAAUUUGGCCAAUUACUGACCAGCGCGUCAGCAGUAACGAUUGCAGAGGUCUUUUGCACUAGUUAAUUCGGUCCAGGGUCCCUUUCCUCGGAAGUCCCGGUAACUUUACGGGCCCGAAAAGAUGCUUUAUAUUUCCCAUAUUUGCAUUCAAGAUCAAAGUUUCAAAAAUUUUGAAAAUGAUGCAAUGGAACAAUUAUUUAACGAAACAAAAUUGACUGGUUUGUGUUCUACUACUGAUUCAACAGAUUUUUAUUUAUAAAUUUGCCUUUGGACUCGAAAAGCCAACUAGCCUUUUGAGAAACCGGGCUCCGUUUGUAAAGUGACGAAUAGAAACAUUUUUGUCAUAAUUUUCUUUAACUAGAUACGUCCGAAGAAGAGGUGGAAACAGGUACUGUAUCUAAGAAACAGUUGCCCACUCCCAUUCCCCAGCUUCCUGAAAAGAACGAUUAUCAAGGUAGGAUGUUUUAUGGAUAUUACUAAAACGGGGAACGGGAAAAUGAAAAACGGGAACAAAACCUAAGGUUCUCUCUCCUACCCGUCGAGAGUUCGUAGGGACGGGUAGGAAAGAAUCCUGGGAACGAGGUUGGAACCGUAGCCCUAUCAGUAUUUUCAUUUCCAAUUCUCUUGGUUGUUGCCAUUUCUGUUCCCAUUUCCCCGUGACUCGCUCCCUGUUCCUUGGUCACCGUUCCCUGCACCUUGCACCCGGUUCCUCAUCAUAGUUACAUGCGAUAUUUUAGUACUGGAACUUAAGCAACUAGAUCUGUGCCUGGAUCUGUGCAGUUUAUAAUCACUCCCAGAAAACAGUUGGUCACUUAAAGAUGUUUUGAUUGUAAUCAUUUCGUUCUGAUUGUUUUGAUUUAAGGUUAAAUUUUUCGCAACUUGCUCAUGCUAACCAAACUUGGAAUAUUCACGUCAAUAUUUCUCCAUAUCAUCGUCAGACCUCAUCGUUUAUUAUUUCAUAACAACUAGUUAUGGCUAUCGCUAAGUGCCAUCGAGCAAAGAUUUUACCUAUACGCACGGGCUGUUGAAUUUGUUUAGAAAUGUCAUGAAAUACAGUAAUUAAUGAAAAAUAGAUUGAACUUAAUUCGAUUGCUUUGAAAAUAGUGCAAACUUAUAGCAAGGGGCACACAUACCCCUACCCACGGCUGGAACAGCAUCUCACGCAUGCGCGGGGAAGGCGGAUCAUGGGUUGGUGUAUGUGUGCCCCUUGCUUUAAUUUGUCUUUUGAAAAUAGUUAAUUAAAAUGUUCUACUGCAUAAGAAUUUGAAAUCCCGACUAACGCAGCAAAUGUUUCGAGAUAUUGAAGUUCGUGUUUUUGUCCAAAGUUGUACACAAGUCAUUUUGCGUAAAAUUUAGUGGUCUUAUGAGCAAAAUUAAAAUCCUCGAAAGAUCAUAUUAAAGUCCGCGAAUAUUCAACGUACAGACUUAUAUUUGGUCUUUUUAAGCUUAAAAAGUUUAUGGUGCGCCAAUGAAGCCUUCCGAACUAUUUUGCUUCAAAGACACAAAAAAUUUGGCUGCGUUAUUAUUUUUCGUAGCGGCAUGUAAUAAGAAAUUCCAGCGGGCAAAUGCGUCAGAUAUUGCGGAGGAUGGAAAUGGUAGUCUUUACGACGGGAUGAGCACGGGCCUCAGAAACACGCGCACGGCUCGUGGAUUCUCUGAUCCGUAUCACGUGUUCGCUCGAAAACAAUGCAUUCUCUGUCCUGCAUUACGUCAUGGUUGCCGUACAUUUCUCUAUGUUACAUCGAUUCGAGAUUUUUUCUGCCCCUAGAACAAUCGCGCACGGCUCUAUUAGGCUGCCGCCUGACCGGAUCAACCGUUCGUUGGCAGUUAACGACUUUAUUUAUUUCUGAGGUAGACGUAUUUCCGGCAGGCCGAGUAAUUGCCAACGAGGCAACCGAGCUAAGAAGCGAGGUUGACUCGGCGGCAGAAUUAUAAUGCCGCGCAAUGUAGGCAAAAACUCUCAAAUUCUGCGUAACCCUCUAAAAUUUGCAUUUUUGACCAUAUUGUGGUGUAAGUAAGACCCCAUAUUUGGGUAGUGACAUCAUGGUCUUGCAUUUACAACACGUGGUUCAAGAUUGGGUGAUUCAGUGUGCAGCUGUUCGUUGUCUGUUCAAGAGGGCCUAACUGGUGAGCAAGCAUUAAUACGAUUUCUAGUUUGAAAGGGCAAUUAGUGCUCUGGUUUGCUUUAUAAAUUGCGUUUAAAACAGCAGCUGAUCAAGGAAUAGGGUUUUACGCUCAAAUUUUUGUCAGAACUACCUUGUUCUUUGCAGCGCUAUUUACAUUGAGGUAGCCUGUUCGCUUCUCGACUCAGAACCAGGGUUUUCAGUGUUCUCUUUUCCUUUGUGAAUUGAAUUUUAAGCGGUAGUUGAUCAAGGCAUAGGGUUAUAUUCUCAAAACUUAUAUCAGAACCAGCAUGUUCUUCGCAGGUCGAUUUACAUUGAGCCAGUCCUCACCUUCCGUGAGGAAUGCAACGUAUUUGCGGACCUAAUAUUUUAGAAUUUAUUUAUGUCUUUCGAGAUAUUUUGUCAACCAGUAUGUUUUUUGCUGCUCGAUUUGCAUUGAGACAGCCCAAAACUCCCGUGAGGAAUGCAACGAAUUUACGGACCUUUUGUUUUGAACACUAUCAUUAUGCCUUUCAAGACACUCUUUGUCCUGUGACACUCGCUCAUUAGAUCUUUGUAUUUUAUUCAAGUUUAUAUUUUUAUACCUCUGAUACCUUCCGCCCCAUUCUUGCGCGCUUUUCACACAUUUUACUUUACACCAUAUUUUUUCUUAUGUAUAUUACUAUGCGAAAUACUUUUCUUAUUCCUGAUGACGCUCUUGCUCGGAAUUUAAUUAUUAUUUUUAAUUUCAGCAGUCAAAGGCCUCAUUUGAACUAUAUUUUUCUUUCUAACGUUUAUAGCUUUGAUACAAUGGAAUUUUCCAUGAAACAUAAUUGCUAACUUGCUCAUAUUUACCAGCAAAGCUUCAAGCCUAGUUGUUAUUGUUUAAUAAAAGUGAAAGCCUAGAAUGUGCCAAAGUUGUUGUUUUGAAGUUGGGUGCCAUCCUUUUCUAUAGCGGAAUCCAUUUUAAACCUCUAAAAUUAUGAAAAAAAAAAAUCGCGAAGAUCUGAAUAGGCACAUUCCACAAAAGAUAAACGAAUUCGCCUCGUUGGCACUUGCCGGAAGGUACCCCUAGUUUAUUUGUUUGUCGCUUCUUGUUUAAUCAGCAGUAACAUAGUGGGCGGAAAAGUAAAAUCAAAAAGGGUGUACAGGAACUAAAUAGAAUUCAAAAAGGAGGAAUAUAGGAGCGAAAAAUAGAAUUGAGGAAGAGGAGAAAUGGUUGAACAGAAAUGCUCACAGUAGCUAACAGUACAGUAGGGUGUUUUCCAUUUAUUCUAGAGCGACCGGUGCAACUAACCAAAGAAAAAUAGAACGACAUUGCUCGAUCGGCAUCCAAAGAAAUUUUCCAGCGAUUUCUUUGAAGUAUUCCAUUCAAGUUUCGAACAAAGUUUGGUUACUUCUUCGUGUGUUUGUGACUGAAAACAAGAAUUUAUGUAAAAGAACCACGGUACGUUUCAGCCUAACCGGGUCGACCGGUCAAAAGGAACCAUUUCCAGAGAUAGACUGACAUUUGCGAAAAAAAUUCCAUUCGGGCCUAGUGUCUUGAUCAAAAUUUCUAGACAAUUUGGCACAAUGAAAAACACUCCUAGUAUGGCUUUCCCAUUUAUCAAAAGUACGCGCUAUUUAGGGCCAAAUACUAUACGUGGACCGAGUUGGUUGGAUUUGCCGUUUUGCCGAGACUAGGUACCUUAGUAAACGCAACAAAACUCAACUUUUAAACUCGUUCCCAGGGUUCGCAGGGUUGUUCAACUUUGUGAUUACAAGACAAUAGAGAUAGCCCGGCAACUUGACAAGGGGACCUAACCUGGAUCAUGUAAUCAGGCUUUUACUCUAAUAAACUGAAAACAUGACCCCGUGCAAAUCAAUGAGAUUCCUUUCGCAUAAGAAAAAAUAAAAGUUUUUUGCUUUUUAUACUCUUCUUCUCAUUUUUACUUUCAUGCGAUUUCUUUGGGCUGCAGUCAAGGAGGGCAUUCCAUCAAACGACGAGCUGGAACAUCUGUCAGUGGAAGUUGAAGAUUGGGAAAAGCUUGGGCGUCGGCUAGGAUUCACAAAAGCAGAAUUAACAGCACUUCACAAGGACAAAGAAAAAUGGUCUGAGAAAGCACUUGCAAUGCUAAUGAAGUGGAGAGAAAGAAAGGGUUCCAGUGCUACUUACCGUUGUUUAUACGACGCCCUCUGUCAUGAUUUAGUGACUCGAAAAGAUUUAGCGGAAAAAUUUUGUUGUAGCUGUUCUAAACCGGAAGGUUAA